AAUUUCUCUGGCAGGGGAAGACUUUCACUGCAUUUGUCAGAGCAUGAUUUUGCUGCUGACGCUCCUCUCGGUACCUCUGCUCCGGUCUAUGAGCACCCUUCACCCCUGUCUUCCCAGCAGGCACCUUCAACCGCCCCUUCCAAUCAAGCUCAUGCAAGAAACGUUGCGUCAACGUCGCCAGCACCUGCGAACAGCCAGUUGGUUCCUUCGACCAAAGAGCCAAAAAGUGAUAAUGACAAUAGACUGUAUUAUGACAAUGGGAAUGAUAACAUUCCUGUUAAUGAGGGUGAGGGAAUUACUUCAAAUUCAAAUUAUACAGAAUUCCACAAUAACCCAAAUUUGCAUGGUCAAGAAAGUACUCCGAGGCCCUUGACAUCCACGAUAGUUUCUAUUCUUAAUAGUACAAAUCAAGGCUUGCAUAAAUCUAGUGAGAAAAUAGCAACGACAUUUGCUUCGUUUACCCUGAGUGACCGGAAGGAACGCGCUCACUCCUAUCACUUGAAUCACGAUGAGGACGACCAACUCUCAACUCAACAACCGGUCAGAACGAGGAAACGAGAAAUAAAUGAGGAAAAUCAAGUGUUCACAGUCACUUACUGGAUGUUCUACCCCUACAACUACGGGAAAGACGUGUGCACGAUUAACCUUGGAUAUUACCUGGGCCGCAUGUAUAAGCUGCCAGUCAACGGAACCUGCUUUGGGGAGGAGAUCGCCAUGGGAAAGCAUGUUGGAGACUGGGAACAUGUUUCGAUCCAGUUCAGGGGCACUGUACCGCUGAAUAUGUACGUAUCGUCGCAUAACUUUGGUGCUUACUAUCAGUAUGAUUCCUACCAUCAACACUUUGAGUACUCUGGGCAGGAUACAAGGAAGGGUAUUACAAUGUCUCCUGAAUAUCCUAAGAGAGUCAGAGUGGAGAAUUCUCACCCAGUAUUAUAUUCGGCCCUGGGAUCACAUGGUUUGUGGGCGGCGCCAGGCCUGCACCUAUAUAACACAUUCCCGCAGCUACAAGAUCUCGCGGACGAGGGAACCGAGUGGCGUACGUGGCUUAAUCUGGAUGUCAUCGAUUUGAAAGAUCACGCAACGCUAACGCAACCACACAGGCAAUGGCUGGGUUACGAAGGUCGAUGGGGUAAUCCAAAGAGCAAAUGCCACACACUCAUGGCUGGCUUCUGCGAGCUUAACCAAGGUCCGACCGGAAUUCCCAAGAAACGCAUUAAUUUCCCGUGUAUCCGGAAACCAUGAGGUAAAUCAUCAAACAAUCGGGAAUGAAUGAGAAAAAAAACGAUAGGAGUGUAAUGCACCAACUUAUGAUAAUCUAAUAGAUUUGUUUAUAUUUUUUGAUAGAACCUCUUCAUGUCUGCUGAUAUAUAUCGGCGAUGUCAAGUGACGAAUAUUUCGUGUACUAUUAGAUAUUUUCACGUUGUAUUGUAUCUGUUUGUUGUAGUUACUGUUGUAUGUUAAUAAAGUUGCAAGUCUCGUCUUUACUGAAAAAUACUCAACAGUUUAUUUGAGUGAUUGUUAUUUUAUUAUUUUUUGAUGAAUAACUGAUAAAGUAAUUUGUUCAAAAUAAAAAACAAAAACA